AUGCCAGGGGAGGUCGAGGAGGUAGGGGAGCUUUUCGUGGAGGUGGGAGCUAUUCACCAACGCCGCUCCGAGUCAAUUUUGCAAGAGAAGAAACUGGUACGGAUCACUGUGAUGCAAACUGGAUUCACGCUUGCCGACGAAGCUCGCCAGACAUCCCAGCAUGACCAUUCUACAUGGGGGAAUUCCAGUCUACGACUGCGGCCAGUUGCUUUCGUAAGCGCUGGACCUACGGAACCUUUGAAGCUCUUGGAUGCGAUUGUUGACCGGGCCGACAAGAAAGAUGACCAGGCUGACGAACAGAGCUUCGAAGAAUCGACCGACGAGGUUGAGUUUAUUGGCCCUGACGACCUCGAGGAGGCAAUCCAAGCUGAGACUGCACCCGAAGAAAGCGUGCCACAGGAUGUACCAUUCUUCUUUGAUCUCACAGGAGACCAGGUCCAAAAGAAGAAGGAUCUUCCCCCGGUGGAGAUACCGGAUAGACCAUCCUCGAGGAGCAGUACCUCGAGCGAGGAAGUGCUCCUCUUCAAGGGCCGAGGUGCGCAGAGAAACGUACAAUAUGUGCCUGAUAUCGACAUGGUGCAGAUGCAGACUGAAAUUCGUGUCGUCGAGCAGGCUAUCAUCACUGAGCCGGCCCAUUCACAACAACCACCAGCACCAACACCAGAACUGCAAACGGCACCAAUCCGCAAUAAGAACUUAACCAAAACGGAGAAAAAACAGAAGAAGCGUGAGAAACGUAAUGCUAAAACUAAAUUUGACGACGACGAGGAUGCCAUUCUUGCCGACUAUAUCGCCAACCUCAAGGAAAACACUGAAGUUGAUGAUUACUUCAAGGAACUGCUCGAAGGUGGAAGACACUCAGACGACAGUGGCGUAUCCGAGUCAGCCAAUGCUGCAGGAGAUGACACGGAUGAUGAUACGGACGACGCUGAAGCGACCAACGGAGAUGAGGUCCCUAGCGAGAUCGAUGACGAGACACUCACAAGACUGAUUGCCGGCCAGCAGCUUGGGCAAGAUCUGGGUAUGGAGGAUGUACACUUCGGAAAUUCUUCGAGCGACUCCGACUCAGACGAUGACGACACUGGCAAGAGGACGAAACAGCACCAGGAAUUUGACGAUAAUUUUGAUUUGAUGGAUUGGGAUCGUCCCAGCCUGCGUCGGCGCAAAGGCAAAGGCGCUCGAGCUCAGAUCAGCUUCAACAUGUCUGAUUCUGAACUGGAAGCAUCCCUCCAAGCCAGCUGGAAGAGCGAUCGCCUUAAGAAAUCCGAACGAAAGAAACAGCGAGAGGAAAUGCGCGCUCUUGGCAUGCUAGGCAAAAAAGACCCUGACGAUCUGCGGGUCAAAUAUUCCGAUGGAAUGAACAUGGACCAAGUCGCAGACGAGCUACAAACAUUCCUGAUGGGUUCUGACGAACAACUUAAUUUUCCCCCUAUGGAUAACAAUGCGCGCAAGAUGAUCCACGAGCUGGCGAGUAAAUUCAAACUCAAGUCCAAGUCAAUUGGAAAAGGCGACCAACGAAGACCGACACUUCAUCGGACAAAGCGCACACCUCCCUACGUCCCAGCAACAUUCGAUCAAGCUCUCAAGCGCGUCAAUCGCAAGUAUCUUCCUCGGUCUGACAAGAAGGGCAAGAAAGGGAAUCGCUUGCCGUCUGCUCGUGGUGGCACUUCCGUCGCGGCUGCUACAUAUCAAGAUGGUGAGGUGGUUGGUGCUUCAGCGCCAGAAUUGGGCAUCGAGAACCGUGGAAGAGCGAUGCUGGAGAAGAUGGGCUGGAGUAUGGGGACUGCACUCGGGGCUUCCAACAACAAGGGCAUAAUGCAACCUGUUACUCAUACAAUGAAGCGUUCGAAAGCUGGACUGGGAUAG